GAAAACAUAUUAUUUUAAUUAAUUAAUAUUAACGAAAUUCUUUUGUUCUGAAUUUCUCUCUCGUUCGUUGUUGUUUAUCAUCAUUUCAAUUUCGAAUCUUCGCUCAUUCAUGUUUUCCAACGCCACACGAAGAUAAUGUUACCGAAAAUUGAAGGUGGUGGUGAAGAAUUGUUAAAAGAUGUUCAAACUGUAACAAAAACCCUUUCUAAGAAUUCAUCAAAACACAAUGAUCCAAAACCAAAACCUGAUAAAGAAGAUAAUAAUUUCAAAAAGGAUAAGAAAUCAUCCAUAUGGAAUUGGAAGCUAUUAAGAGCACUUUCUCUUACUAAGAGUAAGAAAUUUAAUUGUUGUUUUUCUCUUCAAGUUCAUUUCAUUGAAGGGUUACCUUUGAGUUUCAAUGAUAAAACCCUUUGUGUUCAUUGGAAGAGACGCGAUCAACAUUUCGUUACCCCUCCGGCCAAAGUAGUUCAAGGUUUUGCUAAGUUUCAAGAUAUUUUGAGCUGUACUUGUUCUAUUGUUGGAAGUAAAGGUGGAUCACACAAUUCUGCUAAGUAUGAAGCUAAGCAUUUUUCGCUCUAUGCUUCUGUGCUUGGUGUUCCUGAACUUGAUUUAGGGAAUCAUCGUUUAGAUAUAACACGCUUGCUUCCACUUUCGUUGGAAGAUCUCGAAGAGGAGAAGAACUCGGGGAAAUGGAGUACAAGUUAUAGAUUAUCAGGAAAGGCUAAAGGUGCUGUGAUGAAUGUGAGUUUUGGUUAUAUGGUGGUUGGUGAUAACAAUACUUGUGCUCCUAAUGUAUUGUCUUCGAGGCAAAAUUGUAUGGCUUUGAGUAAAACAGAUGUGUAUCCAUGUCAGUAUUUGUCUCAGGUUAUAGAUGAGGUGAAGGAUCUUCAUGAAGUAUUGACAUCAACAAAUUCAGCAAGGGCCGGUUCAACAGAUGUCAUCUUGGAUAAGAAAUUUGAUGAUGAAAACACAUGUAGUCCUCUGCACGAGAAACCUGAACUUGUACUAAAAGAGAAUGUUGAGCCGAUCAAAUUAAAUGUGUUUCAAGAAAACUUGGAGACAGGUGAGACAGUUGAGCCAGAUGAUAUUUUUACACCCGAGUCUGUAAAAGAGAAUUAUAAUGAAUGUGAUGGAUUUUCUGUUGUUGAUCAGGGUGUUGAGUUUUCAUCAAAUGAACAUAUUAAACUUGAGGAAUCCAUUGUAGAAGCUAUUGUUGAUAGUUCUAAGGAAAGCACUGUGGUACAUGAAUUUUCUAACAAAAAGGGUGAGUUAUACACAAAAGAACUUCUCCUACAAGAAAUAGAAUCAGCUUUAAAUUGUAUCUUGGAGUUAGAGAAAGUGGCAGCAGAAUCUCCUAAUAUUAUGGAAGUUACAUCUGAAAGUAAGUUCAGAAAGUCACACAGCUUGGAAUCUUUGGAUGAUGUUACCGAAUCAGUUGCUGGUGAAUUUUUGAGUAUGCUAGGUGUAGAUGAUAGUCCAACAGGCUUUAGUUCCGAAAGUGAGCCCGAGUCUCCGAGAGAGCGCCUUUUAAGACAGUUUGAGAAGGAAAUUGGCUCCGAGGGCUUCUCUUUUUUUGAUGAUGAUGGUGGUGAUGACGAUGAUGGUGGUGGUGGUGAUGAUGAAGAUGAUCGUGGCUAUGAUGCAUCUUUUGGAUCUGAGCAGUGGAAGUUCUCUACAGGUAUUAAGCCACCACCCAUGCAGGAAGGGCUUGAAAUUGAGGAUGUGAAGAGAAAACUAAAGGGCGACAUGCUAGAAGACAUGGAAACAGAAGCCUUAAUGCGGGAAUGGGGUUUGAAUGAGGAAGCAUUUCAGCAUUCUCCACCAAAAGGCUUUGCUGGUUUUGGAAGUCCAAUACAUCAACUACGUGAAGAGCCUCCUAGAUUACCUCCUCUAGCAGAAGGGUUUGGUCCUUUCCUCCAAACAAAAGAUGGGGGAUUCCUACGGUCUAUGAAUCCCUCACUUUUUAUGAAUGCUAACAGUGGGGGGGACUUAAUCAUGCAGAUUUCCAACCCUGUUGUUAUGCCUACAGAAAUGGGUUCAGGGAUAAUGGAGACUUUGCAGUAUUUGGCAUCAAUCGGAAUUGAAAAGCUUUCGUUGCAGGCAAACAAGUUUAUGCCUCUCGAAGAUAUCACAGGGAAGACGAUGCAACAAAUAUCAUGGGAAGCUAUGUCAAGCUUAGAGGGAAAAGACAGGCAAUGUCAUUUGCAGGAUGAUUAUGUGCAAAGGGACUUGAAAGGGUCGUCAUCUGGACUAAAGUCUGAUGAGUUCAUUUCAAGUUCAAUUUGCAACCACAGAGAUUCAGGUUUUUUUUCAUUGGAAGAUCUCGCUCCUUUGGCUAUGGAUAAAAUGGAAGCACUUUCAAUGGAGGGUUUAAAAAUACAAUCUGAGAUGUCGGAAGAGGAUGCGCCAUCAAACAUAAUUGCACAAUCCUUUGGAGAUCUUCCUUGUAUCCAAGCCAAGUGGGUUAACAUUGGAGGUUCUCUUGGUUUGGAUGGAGCCGCUGCUGUGCGGUUGUUGAAUAUUAAAGACACUGACGACGAAGUUGAUGGGAUAAUGGGAUUAUCGUUAACGCUUGAUGAAUGGAUGAGACUGGAUUCAUGUGAGAUUGAUGAUAUAGAUAAUAUCAGUGAGCAUACUCGCAAACUUCUUGCUGCACAUCAUGCCAAAACUUUUGACGUAAUCCGUGAGAGUUCAAAGGAAAGGAAGAAACAAGGCAAAGGUCAUGGAAGGAAAUGCGGUUUGUUAGGAAACAAUUUCACAGUAGCACUAAUGGUGCAACUUCGUGAUCCUCUGAGAAAUUAUGAGCCUGUUGGAACACCAAUGCUAGGUCUUAUACAAGUUGAGAGAGUGCUUGUCCCACCAAAGCAAAAGAUUUACUUGAAUGUGUGUCAAGUUGGGAACAAUAGUGAUGAGGAUGAUGAUGAGUCUGAAAUAAGAGCAAAGGUAGAGAUGAAGGACACGAAAGAGGAGAGUAGUACUAAAGAAAGUGGCAUUGAUCAGUUCAGAAUUACAGAAGUUCAUGUUUCAGGUCUUAAGAUUCAGUCACAAAAAAAGAAGCUUUGGGGUACAUCAAAUCAGCAACAAUCUGGUUCCCGCUGGUUGAUUGCUAAUGGAAUGGGCAAGAGUAAUAAGAAUCAAUUUACAAAGUCUAAGGCUGCGCCUAAAGUUGGUGGUGAUCAGGUCACCGCCACAAAGGUGCAACCUGGGGACACGUUGUGGAGCAUAUCAUCUCGUAUUUUUGGAGCACUGAAUACACACAUAAGAAAUCCCAAUAUCAUUAUACCAAAUGAAUCUAUAUAAGAAUAGGUUGACUAGUGAAUGUAUAUUCUUUCUUUUCUUUUUUAUUAUAAAUAAAAGGGACUAUUCUUAUGAAAGGUAGCAUUUGAAGAAGUUGCUUGAUUUAGCUAUCUGUUUCAGAACUCGAAUUGACUCGGAUCCUAUGUGAAAAAAACGUGAUGAAGUUAUAUAUACAAACUGGAUGGAUUCAACGGUAGGCAUAUUUUCUAACGUAGGCACAUGUUUCCGACUUGGUUCAUAUAUAAGACUUGAUGUGUUAGAUGCAAGUUGAUCAUAAGUUGAGUAAAUGCAAUGUUGUAUUAGGUCUGGGGAAGACAACGUAAUUGAUCAUAAGUGAAAAUGAAUAUUAUAAUCUAUCUAUAAUUAGAUAAAUUGGUUGGAUUCAACUGUAUGCACAUUUUCUUACCAGGCAGUGUUUCUUGCCCUUCUUCAGCGAGUUUAUUUUUAUUGAAAUGGUCAAUGCCUACCCACAAAUUUAAACUUGUAUUGUAUGAACCUACUACACAAGUUAACACAAUCUUAACUCUAACUCAGAUACAUCAAUGACAGCAGUUCAAGUCCUCGACUGCAAAAUAUCAUGCAUCAAAUCCGGCAUUCAAAUU